UAAAGUCUCAGACUAUACUUUUAGGUAAUGAACAUUAUAUUUAAUUUACUAGCUGCUUUUUAUGCUUUGCUCGAAGCAGCUGCGCCGAAGAUGUCUAGUUUUUUGUUUACAGGUUUUUUUGCCUUGGGUGGGGUGAUAUCUUGGGUGAUAUAUAUAUAUUUAUCCAAUUUAUCGAAGUCCGGUUGAGUGCCAGUGAAAUUUAUUUGCAGAAGAGAAAUAGCAAGAUUACACCAUUUUAUAACAGUAAAGAAAGUACCCAUCAAAGAUGAAUAUGGAUCCUGAGGAAGACGAAGAUGAGUUGGAGUACUAUGUAACGUUUCCAGCAGCAGUUUCACCAGAGUUCAAUGAAGAUACUUAUGGAGAAAGUGAAAGGGAGCCAGUUGUUUUCCUUUUUGGCUGGGCAGGCUGUGAGGAUAGACACCUGUCCAAAUAUGCAGAGAUGUAUAAGGAUCUGGGAUGCGUCACCAUCCGGUACAUCAGUCCGACCAACUACAUCUUCUUCACGCCGCGCGAGCUACUGGACGUGUCGGACCAGCUGAUCGACCUCAUCACCGACCUCACGCUCGAGGUGCACCCGGUGCUCUUCCACUGCUUUAGUAACGGCGGCGCGCUCGUCUACCGGUGCCUGACGCGCCGGCUGCGCGAGCGGCGCCUCUCGCUGGACGUGCGAGGUGCAGUGUUCGACAGCGGCCCGAUCCGCCGCCGCGUCACCAGCGGAUGGAGAGCCAUCCACCAGUGCACCAAAGGAGCGGCCUGGUACCGGUGGUUCCUGGCCUGCCUGUUCGUGGUGCUGGUGCUGUGUCGCUACCUCUGGUGGUGCACGCUCGGCUCCGCGGACACGGACACACACCCCUGGAGUCUGCUCGAGUGUCCGGACCGCUGGCCGCAGCUGUUCAUCUACUCGGACAAGGAUGACAUCACACCGGCGCAGGACGUGGACCAGUUUAUGGCCGGUAGGCGGGCGCGCGGUGUCGAGGUCUCCAGUCGCCGGUUCGCCGACUCGCCCCACGUCCAGCACUACCGCUACCACCGCGAGGAGUACUGCGCGGCCGUCUCGGCCUUCCUGGGCAGGGUGUGCGGCCCCGGCUCGGCCGGCUCCCGGCCCCGCUCCGGCUCCGGGUCCGGCUCCGGAUCGCCGCGCCGCCGCCGGCCCGGCUCCGGGGACGAGCGCAGCUGGUCGCCGAGCAAGGCGCCGCUGCUGGCCUCUGGCAGCCAGUGAGAGUCACACCGGAGAGCCUGGCCUCUGGCAGUCAGUGAGAGUCACACCUGAAAGCCGGGCCUUAUCCAGUCAGUAAGUCAGGCCAAAGAGCGGAGAUGUUUUAACGGGCGUCAUCGGCGCACUGAGAUUACCGGUAGGUCUGCGAAAUGAGCUACCUAUAGUCAGCCUGACUCACUAGUCAAACCGUGGAGGUUCGCUGCACAAACUAGUCUGAAUCACCACUAGUCAGUAGAUCGUUUGUUCAAUAUGUUAGCUUCUGGGAUCAUGGAUGAGCUACUCGCCAAAGUCUGUGUGAAUCUCUGAUCAGUUGGAGUCCGAUCCCAGCCUAUGCAGGGUGGCCCGUCCUCAGCCACCCAGUGAUGUGUCAGCGAGUGUCAAUGUUUGAGCUUUCCCGGCAGUGCGACUGUCUCUUACUCCGUCCGAGUAGCGCUGUGAACCGGACUCUCUCCUAGAGGCAUUGAAUCUCUUAGAAAACAGAGGCGGGGCCCGCGUCUUAGUGAUGGGUCUUGCAGUGCUGUGCUGACUGCCGGUGAGUGAAUUCUGUCUCAAAUUGACAGAGCUGUAUUAUUUGUUCGUCACUGCUUGACGACUCUGCUGAUCUCACGUUUGAUGAUUAGUACUCAAGUUAGCGGUAUUACUGCCCCAGCCGGAAGGCUGUAGUGGCGAAUUUUACGCCACACCAUUGUGUUAAUCUGUCGGUCAUAAUUCAUAUCCAGCUGCCGUAAUUCAUCACACUCAGUUUGCCAUGUUGGCACUAAUCGGUGUAAUUAUCCGUCAGUUUGCGGUGUUAUCCGUUGGUAUGUAUGUUGAGUGCCUGUUUUGCCGCCACUCAGUUGUAUGCUCAUGAUCUUUGUCUGACGCAUGUGUGUGGUUAAUACACAGUUUUCGAGUGUGCGA